AUGAAACUCGAGAUUCGCGGAGGAAAUUUGAGUGAGAGAAAAAAGCAACAACAACACGAAGGAAAGGAGUUCUCAUUCGGAAUGAAUGUCCGUCCGCACCUCAAAAUCGGCGUCGAUUCCACACUGAACAAUAAAGGUAAGUGCGGAAGAGCAGAAGCAAGUGCGCUCCACCGAACAGUUCAGGAUCCACGUACAAAGUGGGCCAUCAGGUCGGGCUGGAAAUUGAACAAUGCGAGACACUCAUGAAGGCGUUGCGGUGGACGUUCGAGUUUGUGCAGUACAGCAAUCAGAUCGGACACGUGCUCGACAACCAAACGGCCACCGGUACGAGAAGAGUCCAAUAGAGCCCACUUUCAAAUCGGAACGGUUCAGGAAUGCUCGGCGACAUCCAGCGGGGGCGUCUCGACAUGGCGUGCGGCAGAUUCGAAUGACCGCCGACCGUGCUCACAUCGUCACCUUCACCUACCCCACUCAAUUCGAGGUUAACCAGGUCUAUCUGAUUGCGGAUCCGCAAGUCGGAGGAUGUCGGCUUCCUGUUCCGGCCCUUCUCCACCGUCGUCUGGAUUCUUCUCUCUUUGACCAUUCUCCUCGUCUCCGUCGUCUUUUUCAUCCUGCGAGUCGUCGAGUUCCGAUCCUCCAGAGAGACCAUCUAUUCGUACGGUCCCACAUGGAUCUUCAGGAUCUCCCGAUGCCUCCGAAGCUUUCAGAUGCGUGCAGAACAGCAUCUCGCAAGUGCUCCUCACCACCUUCAACGUCGAGAUCCGUGUGAAGCAGAAGUCGACGUUCUUCGCUUUCCACGUACUUUUCCGUUUGUUCACUGACGCCAAAUUCCGGAAGACGAGACGGGUCUCGUGCCGAUCAGCUACAGUAAUCGCGUGUGUUUCAGUUGUUCUCCGCCAUCUGGCUGCUCGCCUGGUUCCACGUCUUCAUCGACUAUUACACGUCCGAAUUGAGUGGAAUGCUCGUCGUGUCCGACAAGAAACAGAUGCCUUUCGAGGACUUUUAUGGGCUCAUUGAGCAACUGAGGUCAGGGUCCCAGGAGUUGAGCGUACAUACUUUGCUUCCAGGAAAGGAACGUACCGCCUGUUCACGACUUCCCCGGAUCGUAUCCCCGAAUGUCCUCGGGAGAUUUCAACCGAAAAGUGCAUCUCAAUCUUUUCCGAUAUUCUUUCCCGCCAUCCUCCCGAGUUUGGAGACUUGAACCAACUGAAUGACCUUGAUUAUGUGGCUUCGGUAUGAUCGGAUAAUGAGUUGCAAUACCUUUUUCGUGUUUUGCAGCAGAAAGUCCCAUUGGUUGCGUUCGGUUGGUAUCCGGCUCAGCGCAUCUCUUCAAAGUUCUCAAUUUGGACUCAGGAACUGUUUCACUCGAAAGUGUGGCUCAUCAAAGACUUUCCGGUGGGUCUAGGUUGCCUAAAUCUGCAAAAAUAUCUAUCCUGAAAGUUUCAGCCCUAUGAAAUCAUCUGCUAUAGUCUUUCAAGUUCGAAAAUCUUAAAAUUUGUGCAAAAACCAUAUACGAAUUCCGAAAAUCUCUGGAAAGUCCUUUGUUUAGCCCUAUUAGCCUCAAACUUGGUUCUAUUAUCAGUCUUGGUAUGUAAAGAUAUCUUUCUGCGAAAUGCUUCGGCUUUCUUCCACUACAUCUAUAAUAACACAUUGAAACUGAAGCUUUCAAUGAAGACGCUCAACUUCAAUUGUUUUCAGGUGUGCCCUGCUGCCUACAUCGUCCGGCCCAACUUCCCGUACUUGGAAGAACUGAACAAGGCGAUCAUCAAAAUCCUUCCAGCUUUCAGUGUAAACCCAAAUCACUCUCUGCCCAGCACUGUUCCGAAAUUCCAGACAAUCGACAACCACUACACACCCUCCUACCCCGUUCUGACCCUUUUCGAAAAGCCGUCGAGGGCGUCUGUCACUUUGAAUCAACUCUCUUCCAUAUUCAUGAUCCAUUUGUUCGGAGCAUUCAUCGCCUCGCUGCUCCUGAUCGUCGAGAUUCUAACAGGUACUUGUUGACAGGCUCCAUGGGAACGUGCCUUUGUUUCAGCGAAUCUGAAUCGUUCGAAAGUGGAAGCGGAAGAGGGAAACAAAAGUGAAGAUGAAAAGUGA